AGUUGUGAAACGUUCACAGCCAGUGUGAUUGAGUCCAGAGGAAUAUUGUGAAAUUCGUGUUAAGCCAAAGUAACCAUAAAAAUCUUGAAACCGAAAUCCAGUGAGUGUAACUUGUGGUCAGUCUAGUCGCCGUUUACUUGGAACGAUGAAGCUGGCAUACAGUAGCAGCAGCAGCAGCAAUGGCAUGCGAAUGGCGGCCAAGCGAAGUACCAUGUUCAUGGUCGUGUGCAUCGGUCUAGUGGCCACCGUUCGCAGUGUGGUGAUGGCGGACGAUGCGUUCGCUCCGGCCGAGGACGCCUGUGUCGGGGAUGCCGUAUCCGCGCGGUGUCACUACUCCGAUCAUCGCAUCGAUCGCCUGGAUCAGGAUCAGGAGCAACGCCUGUUGCUGUUCAAUCGGGAAGCUCGGACCGGUUCCAGCUUGAGCCGCAGUGCAGAGCGGAACCAACGUCGGGAGGAGGAAGCUCGAUCGGCCGUAGAUCGUCGUGAUGAGCGUCGAAUGGAGGCAUUCCGCGAUCGUCAGGAAGAUCGCCGGGAGGAGCACCAACGGCUGGUACGUGCUGAUCGUGAACGGUCUGAACGGUUCGAUGACCGUAGAGAGCGUGAUCUAUACGAACGCCGCGAAGAGGAACGUCUUGAUGGGGAACGGCGUGUUUCAGAACGACGUGAUCAGGAGCGUCGUGAUAAUGAACGUCGAGCUGGUAGAAAUGAUCGGACUGUGGAACGCCGAGAGGAAGAAAGACGACAGGCAGAUCGUCGAGAGGAAGAACGAAGAAGUGAGAGUCGCCGAUUCGAGAAUGCACGUCGUAGUAGCCAUCGACAGGACCAAAAUCGUCGUAACGAUCGGGAAGUAGAACGCCGUGAGGAUCGCCGAGAGCAAGGUCGGGAGGAUCGUGCUGAAGAGCGAAUGGAUGUUCGACGUGAGGAACGUCAGGAGGAUCGGCGUGAAGAUCGUCGUGAGGAGCGUGGAGAGGAUCGUCGUGAGGAACGUCGUGAUGUUCGACGUGAGGAACGUCAGGAGGAUCGCCGUGAAAAUCGUCGAGAGGAUAGAAUUGAAGAGCGUAUGGAUGAUCGACGCGAGGAACGUCGAGAAGAUCGAGUCGAAGCACGCCGUAAUGAUCGCGAAGUAGAACAACGUGCGGAUCGUCGAGAGCAAGGUCGGGAGGAUCGUGGUGCGGAGCGGAUGGAUGUUCGACGUGAGGAACGUCGAGAGGAUCGGCGUGAAGAUCGUCGUGAGGAGCGUGGAGAAGAUCGCCAUGAGGAACGUCGUGAUAAUAGUCGUGAGGAGCGUCAAGAGGAUCGUGUUGAUAAUCGACGAGAAGGAUCGCAAUUGGCACGACGCGAAGAUCGUACAGCAGCAAUGGCUACCGAGCGCCGCAAUCAGGAUGAGUCGGUGCGUGCACGAGGGGACGAAAGACGUGAACGAAGCGAUCGUCAACGCGAUGAUGCACGCCGCGAAGUGGAAGCUCGGGAACGCACCGAACGCAUCUACACCUGGAAUGCAGAGCAGAAAGAAAUGUCCAUCGGUGUUCAGGCACAGGACAAUGCGCUCUUUUACCAGCUGCUGCAAAGUGCAGCCUUCGUUGGCCUGCUGGGCUAUUGGCUGUUGAAGGGAGGGACCCAGGACGAUGAGCUGGAGCUCAAGAAACCAUCGAAACCAUUGACGCAGACCUUCAACGAUCUGCUGGCUCUUGUCAAUCAGUAAAGUGCUACACCGCCGAGUGUAAGCGUAUGAGUAUCUUAAUCGCAUUAACGUUUAUCAACUCCCUAUGUAUCUCUAGCCAGUCCUGUAUGGAGCCAGUGCUUAGCGCGUAGAACUAUGUAGUGCAGAUGACCAGCUGAUCUAGGAGGAAAGGGUGCAGCAGCUUAACGACAGUACAAACCAUUACCAAUACCAGAGUAGCAGCCUCUGUGCCCUCAAAAUAAUCUCGUAGAUGAUGCUAACUAUAUAUUCACCAAUGGUGCAGCAGCAGCAACUAGCAACAAGACAUGUUACUUUUCCGAUUUCAUGCAAACUAUUCUCUAAUUCUACAUCUGCACCGGACAACACUCCGUUCCAUAGUCACUUAAGAGUGCAAACAGAGGAAAUCACGAUGAACUACGAUAAAAAAGGCAUGAUUCUCAAAUAACGUUUCGAAAACGCUACUCACCAAGCCAUUGCUGGGUUGCUUUACUGUUGCAUCCAAUUGGAAACAUACAUGCUGAUGACUAAUAAUAGUAGUAAUAACGCUGACAGUAAUAUCAACGCGUUGCUUUACACGAUGGGCUAUUGAAAACGCAGCAGCGAUGUCAGCGACACAACGAUGGUACCGCGAGGAAGAGUAGAGGACGACGAUCACAAAUCCGUUUAACAUACAAUCGAACAGAACUUGCAAUAUGCUAUAUCUAUGUAUGUUUGAGCGACUAUCUGUCUGUCUGUGUAGCAUGGACAGUGACGAGGGCAGCAGAAAGAGGUUACAGGGCUUCUCCGUUUGUCCGUUCAGGAUUGCGGUGGUAGCAUAUGCAAAAUCGACCCAAUACCCGUAGCCGAUAAUAAAAACAGAAUAUUACUGAAAU